AAGAGCUGUUUCAGUGACAAAUAGUUCUACAAAGUUCUUAUGAUUAUAGUAUAGUAACCCCUUUUUUUUACCUUUUAGGGUGACAAAUACAUUAAAAGUUAGAAUGCAAGAAACAACUGCUUACUACAGCACAUACACACCUGACUAUGAUGAUUUCAGUACGCCUUGUGACAAAAAUGAUAUCUAUAAAUUUGCUACACUUUUUACCACCAUCUUGAAUUCAGUCCUCUUUUUCUUCAGCAUCAUUGGAAAUUGCCUUGUUCUCUGGAUCCUGAUCAAAUAUGAAAGUCUUGUGUCUCUCACCAAUGUCUUCAUCUUUAACCUCUCCAUUGCAGAUCUAAUUUUAUCUUCUUGGCUGCCAUUGUUUAUUGUAUACCAUAGGCGUGGGUGGCUUUAUGGUGAGCUGGCUUGCAAAAUUGUUAAUGCUUUCUUCUCAAUUGGAUUCUACAGUGGAAUCAUUUUCUUGACAUUUAUGACUUUUCAUCGCUAUCUUUCUGUUGUGGCUCCUUUGUCAGCCCUUAAAGCCAGGAACCCUCUUUUUGGAAUAGCAGCCAGCGUGCUUAGCUGGUUAAUCAGCAUUUGUGCAUCCAUUCCUGUAAUUAUUUAUAAAGUAGAGGUCAACAAAGACGAUUUUAUUAGCUGUGAAUACAGUGACACUGUUCCCUACCUAGUAAGCAAUUAUCAGCAGAAUCUUGUAUUUUUAUUUGCAUUCACAGUUAUAAUUGUUUGCUAUUUUACCAUCAUAAAAACUCUCCGCCGCUCUCGAUCACAAAGGAAUCACAAGCCAGUCAAACUGAUAUUUAUCAUUGUUGUGGUUUAUUUUUUUAGCUGGGCGCCCUAUAAUAUCGUGAUUCUAUUGCAGUCAUUCGAAAAACAGCAUUUAUUUCAGUCAUUUAGUGAUUGUGGUUUAAGUAAGAGCCUUGAUUAUGCCAAAUAUGUCAGUGAAAAGUUGGCGAUAUCCCACUGUUGCCUUAAUCCGAUUUUAUAUGCAUUUGUCGGUAUCAAAUUUAGACAGCACUUGAAACACUUACUAAACUAUCGCCUGUGUAAACAUGAAGAACAAACUACUACAGUUAGAACACAUUCGCACGACCAUAAUCACAAUAAUGAUGGAUCUCUUUAUUGAAGGGAAAUCAAGUGAUUGAUGCUACAGUUAUCUUUUAUUACUAUUCAAUCACCUUGCUUUAAAGGGGUUGUUCAAUUUUGAGUUAAGUUUUAGUAUGAUAU